CUCUCUCUUCCCCCACCAAAAUAUUUUCUUAUAAUUCUUAAUUUUUCAGAAUGCGAAAAUAGGAGGUAGUGGUGGAGAGCGAGAGAGCGAGCGAGGGCCAUGGAAACUGCGAUAUGCGGUCGAGUUCCUCUUUCACCUAACCACGUCUUUAACCCUACCAAACAAGGGGACAAGUAUUCCAGUUAUAAGCAAUGCCCGAACCGAACAAUUUUGAUGACAGUAUCGGCCGCUGGGCCUGGGAAAGGUGGUGGGUUAUUGGAGAAGCCUACCAUUGAGAAGACGACGCCUGGCCGUGAAUCCGAGUUCGACUUGAGAAAAUCUAGGAAAAUGGCGCCACCUUACCGCGUUUUGCUGCACAAUGACAACUACAACAAGCGGGAGUAUGUGGUCCAAGUUUUAAUGAAGGUCAUCCCGGGAAUGACCCUUGACAAUGCAGUUAACAUCAUGCAAGAGGCACAUCAUAAUGGCCUGGCGGUGGUAAUCAUCUGUGCUCAGGCUGAUGCUGAAGAACAUUGCAUGCAACUGAGAGGUAAUGGCCUUUUGAGUUCAAUUGAGCCUGCCAGUGGUGGGUGUGAAUAGCGGCAUAUCAUCACAAAAAUGCAUGCCUGAGGCAACGCCUCUAAUUUGUUUCUAGUAUUAGAAUUCUGUUCAUAUGUACAUAAACUCCAAAAGUCCAUACCAAGAUGAACCUUUAUUUUCAUGUUUACCGAGGUAUAAGACGUAUCUAUUGCUAUACUUCUGGUUCAAAUGGACUUUUAUCAUCUGUUUGUGGAUUUGGUGGCUCUGGUCCUGGAACUGGACCACUCACGUGUCCCUUGCACUUGUCAUGAAACACGUGUAUCCCAUCUCAUAGUUGGAACUGGACCUAAGGCAAACCGAUCAAUUAAUGUGUAUUGUAUUGAACUUUGAAUGUUAUUGCUUCAGAUACUUCAAAUUUUGGAGAAUAUUAUAUGCUCUUUACUUUGAA